CCUGCGGCCGCCGCGAUGAGUCCCGACGCGGUCGGGGCCGUGGGGGCGUCGCCGGAGCUCCGGGGCCAGCUCGCCCGCGUCGGGUGCCUCGGCGAGAGGCUGGUGACCGCGGACGAGGCCCGCGCGGCCCUCGCCCGCCGCCUCCACGCCGCCCUCCAGGGGAGGGAGGAGUCACGGCGGCAGGGCGCGGCGCUGGACGAGAUGAGGCGCCGGGUGGAGCUCCGGCGGGCGCGGGUGGAGGAGGUGCUGGUCUCCAGGAGGGUCGCGCUCCAGGGCGCCGAGCACCGGAAGGAGCAGCUCCAGGUGCAGAUCGACCGUGCGAUGCAGCUCUCCCGUGCAGUCGGUGCCGCCAGCCGGCAAUUGCAGGAAGCAAAGGAAGUGCUAUCUGUAGAGAAGGCACGGCUUGGGGAUUUGCAGAGGUUGCUCAGGAUGAGGCAACAGAGUAUGAUUGGCCAGGUUGCUGCACUGUACCCUGUGAAGGUCUUCCAUGGUCUGCCACAUGAGCAAAAUCUCGAUGCUGAUGCUAAUGGGGCGCAUGAGACACUUUACGAAGAAAAUGGAACACUUCCAGAAGAGAAUGGAAUACAUGUACUCAAUGUUCUCAAAUUUCCACAACUACACGCUUUGACAUUUUUUGGUUGGCAAAUCGGUAAGCAUAGAAGAAAGCAGAAGGAUUUCAGUGAGAGGGAUCUUCAGCGAUCUGCGACUGUCCUCGGAUAUGCAGCACAUGCAGUUUUGCUCAUAGCCUCCUAUCUUCAUGUUCCCCUCCGAUAUCCUGUGCACUUUGGAGGAUCACGAUCUUAUGCAAGUGAUUGUUUGCCUUCAGCUGAAACAGUAUCAAUUGCUUCAGCAGAGCGCAGUUGUAUCAACAUGACCAACCCAAGACUGACAGCAUACCCCCUUUUCGUGGAAUGUCAAGAAGACGACUCCACUAAGGCAUCCUAUGCAAUUUACUUAUUGCGCAAGGAUACUGAGCAGCUUUUGAACUAUAUUGGAGCUGAGAGCUCUGGAAGGCGCGUAUUUGAUAAUCUGCAAGAGCUUAUUAGGAUUAUACAAUCGGAUGAGUAUGUAUACAUGUGACGUAUUCUGCGACAACCUGGUUCUUGGAGUGUUUAUGAUAUAGAGAUGGUGUUCAUACAGAUGUAUAUAGGUGUUUUUUUCUGUUCUUUUGUUGUGAUUCUUACCUUCUUUCGGUGUGCAAGUUUUUGUAUGCACAGGAAAGAGGUGCAUUGGGUUUUUCUUUGGCUAGUUGAAAAUGAAUGAAAUGAUAUUUACAUCUGUGAUAUGAAGUUUCUUCUUGGUGCCACCCUUUGAAGUUAAUCAGAUCCCAGAUGUGUUGAUGGAAAAAAAAAUCCAUCUCUCCCCCAAGCAAAUGUGUCACCUGCAGGGUUUUACUUACCGUGCAAGUCACGAAAACCACGGUGCCGCGCACCAUUGGAUCCCACGUGGAUACCGCAAAAACCACGACAAAUUUGAAUAUUAAAAUCUUCGGUUACCGUACAGUUUCGGGUCAAAACUGCGUGGUUUCAACCGAAAACUGCGGCGAGUGUAAUUCGACAAUUAGGUGUAAAUUAAUUUUGAAAAAACUAUAUAAAAAAAGAAA